AUGGUACCUAAUGAGGCACAGGAGUAUUCAGGAAUAGCACACUUGCUUCAACAUUUUGGUUGGACCUGGGUGGGACUCUUUGUCACGGAUGAUGAUAGCGGAGAAUAUUUCCUGAAGACCUUUGAAUCUUUGCUCUCCAUGAAUGGAAUCUGUUCUGCCUUCACAUUUCGACUCCCAUGCCACACUCGACUCCUUAGCAAUAAUGAAAAGGAUGUUAGGUUUGUAAAUACGUUUGAAUCGUUCAUGAAUUCUAAAGCCAGAGCUUUUGUUAACUAUGGUGACAGUAUGACUAUUAUGUGGUUGAUUGCCUUCAAAAAUAUCUUAAUUCUUGAUGAGAUGGAAGCUGCACUUGAAGGCAAAGUAUGGAUUUUGACAGCACAGAGUGAGCUAAUAACAACAGGCCUUACCAGAAGACUGAAUUUGGAAAUGUUUCAAGGAACAAUUGCCUUUGCUGUUCACUCAAAACAUCCUCAGGGAUUCCAGAAAUACCUUGACAACUUAAGACCUCAGUGGACACAAGCAGAUGACUUCCUUCGCGAGUUCUGGGAACAAGCUUUUGAAUGUUCAAUUCCAAAUCCCCAGGAGAUGAUACAGGACAAUAAAACAUGUCUUGGGGAGGAGAAGUUGGAAAGUCUUCCUAGAACUAUUUUUGAAACAAGUAUGACUGGCCACAGCUAUAGCAUCUACAAUGCAGUCUAUGCAAUAGCACAUGCUCUCCAUGCCAUAUGCUCCUCCAGGGCCAAGCAGAAAACAAUGGAGCACAGCAAAGGACUUCAUCUUGACCAUCUUCAGCCUUGGCAGCUGCACUCAUACCUUCAGGGAAUUACAUUUAAUACUUCAGCUGGAGAGGAGGUUUCUUUUAAUCAACAUGGAGAGAUAGUUGCUGGAUUUGAUGUAACUAACACACUUCUAUUUCCCAACAACUCAUUUGUCAGAGUGAAUAUUGGGAGAGUGGAUCCCAGUGCUGUUGAAGGAAAACAAUUCAUUAUCCAUGAAGAUGUGAUGGAGUUGCGCAGAACAUUUAACCAGGUGCUUCCAGUUUCUGUCUGCACUGACUCCUGCAACUUGGGCUUUCAGAAAAGAAAGCAGGAAGGAAAGAAAUUUUGCUGCUAUGAUUGUGACCCAUGCCCAGAAGGAAAGAUUGCCAACAAGACAAAUAUGGAUGAAUGUUUACAAUGUCCAGAUGAUCAUUACUCAAGAAAGAGCAGAGACGGAUGCACCCCCAAAGUGAUCACCUUUUUGUCUUACCAAGAACCUAUAGGAAUCAGCCUAGUCUCAGCUGCUCUUUCUUUCACAUUGGUCACAGCCUUGGUGCUUGGAAUUUUUAUUAAGCACAAAGAUACCCCCAUAGUGAAGGCCAACAACAGGGACCUCACCUACACUCUACUCGUCUCUCUGCUGCUCUGCUUCCUCUGCUCCUUGAUUUUCCUUGGCCCACCAGGCCUGGUCAACUGCCUUAUUCGACAAGCUGCUUUUGGCACAAUCUUCUGUGUGGCAGUUUCUUGUGUAUUAGCCAAGACCAUCACUGUGGUUAUGGCUUUCAUGGAUACCAAGCCAGGGUCAAACAUGAGGAAGUGGAUGGGGAGAAGGCUGUCUGUCCUUGUGGUCCUUACCUCCACUUCGAUCCAAGCAGGCAUUUGUGCCUUGUGGCUGGGAACUUUCCCCCCUUUCCCAACUAUGAACAUGCAUUCUAUACCAGGACAGAUCAUUGCAGAGUGCAACGAAGGCUCUUUUGUCAUGUUUUACAGUGUGCUGGGCUACUUGGGACUUUUGUCCAUCGUCAGCUUUGUGGUGGCUUUCUUUGCCAGGAAAUUGCCUGACAGUUUCAAUGAAGCCAAGUUCAUCACCUUCAGCAUGCUGGUGUUUUGCAGUGUUUGGCUGUCAUUCGUUCCAACCUACCAGAGCAGCAAGGGGAAAUACAUGGUGGCUGUGGAGAUCUUCUCCAUCUUAGCUUCCAGUGCUGGCUUACUGGGUUGCAUCUUUUCCCCCAAAUGCUAUAUAAUUUUGCUGAGGUCUGAGCUAACAGCAAAGAAUGUCUAG